CGACAGCAGCGUGUGCUGGGCUCUGCUCACUACAAAAGCCAUUCCGGAGCGCACAGUCAAAGCGAGCUCAAAUUUUUCGAUAUUUCUACCUUCUUGUCUUACGUUAUAUUUUUUUUUCUAUUUUGUUUUUGAAUAACUGCUUUUAUAUAUAUGCAUAUAUAUAAUAAGUGUGUGCUGCUUGGUGACACUUGGAAUUUGAAAUAUACACAAGCUGUGUUUGUGUUUUUUUUUUGUCUUUGAUUUGCCUGCGUUUUUUGAGUUGCGCGGUUUUUUGGAGUUUAGUUGCGCGUUUUUGGCUGCAGCGACUGCAACGCGACGCGCGCGUUUUACGCAGCAGCAACAACAACGACAAAAAAACAACAACAACAACAAAAGUAAAUAUACAAAUAAUACAAAAUAAAAACAGACAAAAAAGCUGGAAUAAAUACAAAAAACAACAAGAGAACCUGUUCUAUUCCUGUGUGCCUGUGUGUGUGUGAGAGUGUUUGUUUGUGUGCGUCGCUGCUUAUGCAAAUUCGUUAACAACAACAAUAGGCGCACACCUGGCAGCUGAUUUGCAGCGGAAAGCAACAACAACAACAACACAAUAAAAGUUCAGCUUCAGCUGCUGCUGUGACACGAACAACAACAACAAGAAGUAGAAAAAGAAGAAGAAGAAGAGCGUGCAAAGACCAACGCAAAGAAUUUCGUUUUGUCUUUCUAUAUUGAUAUGCAUCGCUUGCACAACGGAAACAUCAAACGAAAAUUUAAGGAACGCGCAAUAAUUUAACAAAAAGCAACGUGACGUUUUACAACACUGCCAGGAAGCAGUCAAUUCGCUUUAUCUACAGAAUCCUAAUAACCUAAUCAUAUUACUUCUGUGACUUCAACUGUGCCAAGAUGUAUAAGUUAUUGGGUAGCCUGAAGAGCUACCUAAAGUGGCAGGACAUACAGACGGAUAAUGCCGUCUUUCGUCUCCACAAUUCAUUUACCACCGUACUGCUCCUUACCUGCAGUCUGAUCAUAACGGCCACUCAAUAUGUGGGACAACCGAUCAGUUGCAUUGUGAAUGGCAUUCCACCACAUGUGGUGAACACAUUCUGCUGGAUUCACAGUACUUUCACCAUGCCGGAUGCGUUCAACCGACAGGUCGGUCGAGAAGUGGCACAUCCUGGCAUUGCCAACGAUUUCCAGGACAAGGAUGCCAGAAAGUACUACACCUAUUAUCAAUGGGUGUGCUUUGUGCUAUUCUUUCAGGCCAUGGCCUGUUAUACGCCCAAGUUUCUGUGGAACAAAUUCGAGGGCGGUUUGAUGCGUAUGAUUGUCAUGGGAUUAAACAUAACGAUCUGUACGCGCGAAGAGAAGGAGGCCAAACGAGAUGCAUUGCUCGAUUAUCUCAUCAAGCAUGUGAAGCGCCAUAAACUGUACGCCAUACGUUAUUGGGCCUGUGAGGUGCUCUGCUUUAUCAAUAUUGUGGUGCAGAUGUAUCUAAUGAAUCGCUUCUUUGACGGCGAAUUCAUUUCAUAUGGCACCAAUAUCAUGGGCUUAACGGAUGUGCCACAGGAACAACGUGUCGAUCCCAUGGUCUAUGUCUUUCCACGUGUCACCAAAUGCAUAUUCCAUAAAUACGGCUCCGGCGGAUCUCUUCAAACACACGACUCCCUCUGCAUUCUGCCGCUCAAUAUUGUGAAUGAGAAGACCUAUGUGUUCAUUUGGUUCUGGUAUUGGAUACUGCUUGUCCUGCUCAUUGGACUCAUGAUAUUCCGUGCCUGCAUCAUUUUCAUGCCCAAAUUCAGGCCGCGUCUGUUGAAUGCACGUAAUCGAAUGAUUCCGAUGGAGAUUUGUCGUUCGCUGUCCCGUAAACUGGAUGUUGGUGAUUGGUGGCUCAUCUAUAUGCUCGGUCGUAAUCUGGAUCCAGUUAUCUAUAAGGAUGUGAUGGGCGAGUUUGCCAAACAGGUGGAACCCUCGAAGCACGAUCGCACCAAGUGAUUGAAAUGCAAUACUAAAUGCAGCAUAUGAAAGAAAGAGAGAUAUAUAGAGAGCAAGA